AUGCCCAAAGAAGAGAUGCCGACCGUGGCGGAAGCUCCGAUAGGCAAGCCAACGACUGAUGUACCUCUGUCGCUGCCAACCAUAGCCGGACAGGUGUCCGCUGCCCUGGCACGUCUGUCUGAUACUGAAGUACCUCGUUCCGGAGAUUUCACUCUUGUCUCAUCCGAUCAGACAACACCCGUACCACGUUCUGGAAUGGACUUUAAACGUGAAUCAGCUGAAGAUAGAGGACAGUUUACGCCUGGACGGUCAGCUGAGCUUCCGAGAAAAAUUAGCACCGACGUAUAUCGAGUGCCCGCAUACGCAUCUGGCAUGAGUUCGUUUGGCGAAAUGAGCCCUGCAAUGGCGAUGACACUGUCUGGCGGUUCAUUUGAGGAUCACCUUCCAACUAGGUUUUCCCAUAUGGAUAGUGGCCUUAUGAAUGAGGCGGCGGAGUUUUGCUACGAUAUGAUGAAUGAGCCGCGGGAGGUGUUUGGAUCUCACCCGAGGCUACCACGAGACGUGGUUGAACGGACUGACUGUCGACCUCAGCAUACUUCUAUUUGGGCAGUGGGUUCGCGACCUGCACCUCCCGAGAAAUUAACCUCAUCCGAUUCUCUACCGACAGUUUGUGAAGUACUCUCCUCGAAAGAGUCCAAUAAGGGCAUGCCAGCAAUGGCAAAUGAAAUACAGACGGUAGACCAACACGACAUUUCCACUCAAAAUAUACAAGGGCAGAAGAGCAGACUUGCGCCUAUGGCACAGGUUUUUAGGCCCACUACUCUGGACACUUGUUCUCCCCUAUGCAGAACUUCAAAGUCAUCGACAGUGGUGCCCAAUUUUACUGAAUUCAAAAAUACCGGGUCUGGGGUCGAAAAGGCAUUAGGCAUUCUAUCCCCAGCCGUAACAGAAGGAGCCUCUGUCAUUGUGGAAGGGGAUCACAAGAGCCCUUGUCGUGCUCGAGACAGUGGCGAGGAUCGUUCAUCUCGUAUGGAAACGGCAGACAAGCGAAGUUUGCAGCUGCCUGAUGAAAGAGGAGCCUGUCUAGAACCCGUGAUGAUGAAACCCAGUCCCCCAACUGCGAAGGAGUACUUUAUGAGUGCUGGUGGAGCAAGCCUGCAGUUCCUUUCUGCAUCAAUUGAUCCACACACUUUGAGCGAGGUGUCUGAGACCAUGGCCAUGUCUACUGUACUCCCGGAAGGAAAAGAAACGGAAACAAAAACAGCCGAAACUAUUCCGGUCGAUGCCGUUGUUCGGGACUUUUUCAGCAUUGAACCCACGGAUCCGACGCUAAUGGCGCAGGCCUCGAGUGCAUCUUCCAGUUCUACGAGCUCGCCCGCAACCAGAUCGAAACAAGCCUCCGCGAAGCCUCCGGAAGAUGCUUCUGUUCCACGCGUAGGCCAGCUGUACAAGAAGAGGAGUUACUCCUCGUCGGCUGUGGAUGACAAUACUGACUAUGGAUCGAGGGUGAGUAUUUACAUAUGGCAUAUGAAUGAAGGUCGCUGCUCUGUAGUGCUCCCGUAG